UACGCUCCUCGGCGCCGUCGCUCCGCUCCACAAAUCGAAAAUAUCCCUCGACUUGCUGUGCAACACCACCUCAAGUUGGUCACAGUGUAACCCCUGUUAUACCAGAGAACAACCACUCUUAUCAUUUUUCGGACGACUGUCAUCAAUAGAGUAAUAUUUAGCUGUCAUACACCGGAUUUAGGUAUUUUACCCUCGGGGUGAUUCCAAACAGGAUUGGAUAAUAUAACCUGGAUAAUAUAUUAUUACCUAUAGCCGUGGAUUGGAUACACGAUUAUAAAGAACUUAUAAGUUAUAAGAACUUAAAGUUCUUUAUAAUCGUGAUUGGAUAGAAAAACGCAGUAUCAACUGUUACAAAAUAUGAUUACGCAUAUUUGUUAUUUUUGAUAAGAAUGUUGUAUUUUUCAUAUUUGUAGCAUUGUGCACCUGAGCUAGCUUCACAAACAUCCGAAAUUUUUAACCAUUCCAGUAUUCAACCCUUGUAGUUUGUACUGUUUGUAGUCCAAUUUUUGUCUCUGUGAAUAUUUAACUUAAUCUUCAUCUGUUUUACGCUUUUUAAUUUUUAACCGAUUUUUCGUUUAUUUGUUGUUGAUUCUUGCGCCUAAAUUUUUAUUUUUAAGAGUUUCAUAUAAUUUGUGGGUGUAUCUCUUUUCAACGGUAUAAACUAUAAAGUAUGUGAGUACAAAAUACAAAUCAAAGAUAUCUAUGGUACAAAUUGAAUACCUAACUCAAUGUAUUCUAUGUGGCCAAUAACCAAAAAACACUAAACAGAACAUAGUUUAGUAUGGAGCCAUUAAGAACGUAUACUAGUGAUUCUACAAUAAAUUCCAAUUUCAGUUCUAGAAUGUUGACGAUUCCGCUGAUUAGAUGUGAUGAUCAAGCAUUUAAUAAAGCUAUUAAACAGGAAUAUAUUGAUUUUACAGAACAUAUUGUUGAUGAUGAAUUAUUACAAAGAGAAACUGAAGAAGUAAAAUCAAUGGAUACAGAAAUAAAAAAAGAAAUAGAUAUUAUUGAAGGUUAUAAAUUUGAAGGAAUAGUUGCAAUCGAAAGCCACACUUCAGAAUUCAUAACUCGUAUGAAUUCAGACGAGAGAUCUAACUUAGAAAAUCCUUUAACAUUCUUUUGUGAUAUCUGUGAUGAAUCAUCUUACAGUAAAUCACAUUUAAAACCCCCGUUACUUCUUUAUACUGGAAAAUGUCACCAUAAAUGUCGUACCUGUGAAAAAAGAUUUUGUCAAGCACAAUAUUUAGAAAUCCAUAUGAAAACACAUACCAGAAAAAAGUCAUAUAUUUGUGAUAUUUGUGAUGAAGUGUUUUUUCAUAAAAGAAGUUUAACAGUCCAUAUGAGUAAACAUACUGGUGAAUUGCCAUAUAAAUGUCAUAUCUGUGAUAAAAAAUUUCCUGUAUCGUCAUAUUUAAAAAGGCAUGCAAUAUUACACUCAGGAGAAAAGCGAUAUUGUUGUGGUAACUGUGAUCAAUCAUUUUAUCGAAAAGAAAGUUUAAAAGGGCAUAUUAGAACACAUACCGGAGAGAAGCCUUUUAAAUGUCAAAUUUGUAAUAAGGAGUAUUUUACAGCAUCAGUUUUAAGAAGGCAUAUAAAAAUACAUACAGGUGUAAAGCCCUAUAAAUGUGAAAUCUGUGAUAAAGGGUUUUCUCAUGUGGAAGUUUUAACAGUUCAUCAAAUAACACAUACAGGAAAAAAACCAUAUAAAUGUGCUACCUGCAAUAAACUGUUUUCUACAAAAUCAAAUUUAAAAUGUCAUACCACAACACAUACUGGAGAACGGUCGUAUAAAUGUCAUGUCUGUAAUAAAAAUUAUUCUACAUCGUCAUAUUUAAUAAACCAUAGAAGAGUACACACAGGAGAACGGCCAUUUAAAUGUCAUGUCUGUGAUAAAAGGUUUGCUCAAUCAGGUCAUUUGAAACGCCAUAUGAGAAUACAUACCGGAGAACGACCAUUUAAAUGUGGUAUCUGUGAUAAAGAGUUUGCUGCAGCAUCAAAUUUAAAACAUCAUACUCUAACACAUACUAGAGAAAAGCCAUUUAAAUGUGAUAAAUGUGAUAAAUGGUUUUCUAUGUUAACAAAUUUAAAAAAUCAUACCAGGACACAUACUGGAGAACGGCCAUUUAAAUGUCAAAUCUGUGAUAAAGGGUUUUCUACAUCAUCAAAUUUGUUAAACCAUACUAGAAUACAUACUAGAGAAAAGCGAUAUAAAUGUGAUAAGUGUGAUGAAGGGUUUUCUCGUGCUGAUACUUUUAAAUCCCAUUCAAAGAUACAUUCUGGAAAAAAAUGAUAAUAUACAUGUCAUAUCUGUGAUAAAAUUUGAGCUCAUGAAAUAUUCAGAUUUAAAAAAGCAUACAAAGACAUAAUAUACUGAAGAAGAGCUACAAUAAUGUCAUUUUUGUGAUGAAGUGUUUUCUUUUUUCAUGUCUGCAUGCAUGAAAGUGGUCGUUCUUAUUUGGAAUAUAGUUCUUCAAGUUAAACAAAGCGCACAAAAAGUUCUUCUAAACCCAUUAUAAAAACAUUUUUUUCAUAAAUAUAGUAGGUUUUUGUACAUAUUAUGUUGUUACUCUCAUUAGAAUGUUGAGUAACAGUAAAUUUAAGGAUUUUGGAUUAUACUUUUUCAAGUAUUUUUUUUUUUUUUAAAUUUAAUUUCCAUGUAACUAAAUAAGUGUAUGUCUACAUAUAAUAUAUUUUUAAGUUUUAAAAUUGAA